UUUCUUAAAUUGUUUGUUUACAUUUGUACAUCACACAUAACAGGUUUGUUGAUAUCUACAAAUUCCAAAUCCUGUUCUGAAAGUAUGUACGAACGCAACUAUGGAUAGUUUAAUGGAGAGAAAUGUUUGUAGACUUUGUCUUACAACCAAGUUUGAUAAUUGUUUAACUAUAACUGAGGAAAUUGCAUUGGAAUUUUCAGACGUACUGCUGUUGUAUUUAAAUUUCAGUGUCAGCAAUAAUCCAAUCAUUUGUACAGAGUGUGAAAAAAAUCUACAUAACACCAUUGGUUUUAAAAGUUCCAGAAAGGUGCUACUUAGCCUUUAUUCUGAUGACGAGAUGAUGCAGUACUUCAGUGCAACUACUGGAACGGUGGAAAUGAAACUGUGUUACUUCUGUAUAAACUAUCCUGUACAUGUUAGACCUAUACCAGGAGCUGAGAGCAAUGUAUUUGUGUUAGAAAUCUUACGUGAAAUUAGCACAGAACUC